AUGGUGAGCAUGGUGAGCACAGGACUUAGGGAAGGAGAGGCCUCCAAGGGAUGGAGGGACACCUCCCUGAGCCCCGCUCCCGGCCCCGCCCGGGCUCUGGCCAUCCUGCGGUGGCUCUGCGGAGCGGUGGGGCCCCGGGGUCGCCGUGUUCGGGUGCAAUUCCUCCUCUGCGCGCAUUACUCAGCGCGCUGCAAUGUCUGCCUCGCUCCAGCCGGCGCUGCGGGUCCUCCCAGAGCGCAGCACAAUGGUCUUGUUGUGGGCCUGCAGCCCGGGCGGCAGACGAGCCUCUCGGUGACUCACUCUCUUGCCAUUUCCUUUGUGUGGCUCCCAGGCUGGUCGCUGGAAGGGAGCGGGUGGCUGCGGGCGGGGGGCGGAGACGCGGCGGCCGCUCGCCAGCGCUGCGGCUCCGGGAAGGGGACAGCUCUGGCCGCCGCCCUCGGGCUUUCAUGUGGGCUGGGGGCUCCCGCACGCCCAGAGCCUCCCGAGGCUGCCAGCGUCUGGCGCGGGGACGACAAGAGGUUUGCAGCCGCGCCUGUGCACGACUCAGCGCCCGCGGUGGCGGAGGCACGUGUUCCCCAUCAGGCCUUCCUCCGUUCCUGGUCCCCUAAACGGACACAUCUUUAUGAAAAAGUGAAAAUUAACCAUGGCAGGGAACCUUCGGACGGCUUGCGAAACAGCGCGGGCUGCCAGCCUUUUGGGACCUCCUGUUCAACUGCACUAUUGUGAAGUUAUUGCCCUGGACUGAAGAGGGACCCUUGAGGAUCAAGAGUGCCACUGGCAUCAGUACAUAGGGGCAAAGCCAACACACUGUUUGUAACCACACUGUGGAAAUAAAAGCAUGGAUGAUACAGUGAUGUUACACCUGUUUCUCUUGAACCAGGUUAGCAGGUCACUUAUGAGAACCAUGAUGCAAUGGAUGUGGGGAAUCAUCCCUCCAUGCUGCUAUGUUUUUUGGGGAUUUGCAAAACUUCCCUAGCUGUUGGUCUCAGGGAUGUGAGUAGGCUGGGUGAAGAUCUUUCUUGCCCCUGUCUUUGAGAUGGGCCUCCUAAGCCUUAAGAAAAUUGAGUCUUGCUCAAUGUCCACAGAGAGUAAAUGGGAAGAAGGCAGGUCUUGCUUUCUUCAAUACAUCCUGAGAAUCUAGUAAAUACAUCCUGAGAAUCUAGUAAAAACUAUACCAGGCAUGGUCUCACCAUCACUUACUGGGCUUGUCAGGGAGAUGCACAUGAAAGGAUCACAGGAGGUGGGAGCCAGAGGAAGGAGAUAUUUGGUCUGGCUGUGAUGUCGGGGAAGUCUGUGUAGAGAGGAGACUUUUGAAUGGGGUCAUCAAAGGUGGUUAAGAAUGCUGUCCCUCCCCCCCCCAAAAAAAAGAAAGAAAAAGAGUCUCCUGAAGAUGGAGGGAAGAAAGGAGAACCUGGUGGGGUGGAGGCCAUGGCAGGAAGCAUGACAUCACAUGGUUGACCUUUGGCUAUCCUGUAUUAGUUUUUCCAAUUUUGAGCAAACAGGGACAUAAGAGCACAUGUAAUGGUAUGUGAAGGUGAAGGUCCUAGAAGUCUGUUUAAAACACCAUUCUUAGAAUCUCAUCUCUGUGGUAAUGAACUGAACCUGUGUGAAUUCGAGCAUCAUCAUUGAUUGAACAAAAAACUGGGGUAAUUAUUACAGUAUUAUGAACUGAAUAUUUGUCCCUUUCUGUUGUGGAAGGAUACAGUGGGCAGCCUUUCCAGCA